AUGAGCACGGAAGGUGAGUUGAACAGUGCAUCGACGUCGCAGAGCAACGGGACCCCCCGGGUGCGGGAUGAUGACGAAGAGAGCGCAUUGACAAAUCUGGAGCAGGUGGACGUGCUCUCCAUUCAGGAGGGUGGCCAGCAACUGGAUCUGUCGGAGUACUACAUCUCCAGCGAUGCGGACACUGAGAAGCUGGGGUCUGACGCGAUGGUGUUGCCCGGCGAAGAGAAGGGCCAUCCACAACUGGCGCAGUUGCUGAAGAAUAUUGAGAGCGACGCUGACGCUGACGCUGAAGGGAAAACGGCGGUUCAGGAACAAGUCCCAAGCGGCAAUGAUGGGGCAGAAGGCCUGAUAUCUCAGGACGAGGAGACUGGGCGAAUUGAAACCAGGGACAACAAGAGGGAACUUGACGAGCUCGAAGAGCGCGGGUCCGAAGUCAAGAAGUUGCGGUCAGAGGUAGUCAAGGAGGAAGAAAUCAGUGUAGAGGUCCCCGAGUCCACGGUGGAACCUGUAGAGUUGCCCGAGCCCACUGUUGAAGAUGUCACGGGUGAAGUCGAGGCAACCAUAGAGGAGGGCUCAGGGGAGCGCAGCCCGCCUGUUGUGCAGACACCGGAACCUCCUACUAUCCCCAGACCGAUACUUACCGAUAUUACUGUUGAAUCGGCCGCCGAGGAGUGUUUGGGGAGGGCAGGCUCUGUUGAUGUUGCAGAGAGGGAACGAGCCGAGGAGGGUGAAGGGCAGGAUUUGUCGAACGAGGAUAUAAACAGCGGUUCGAACUCGAUGGACGAGGAGAAGCCCGAUGUCGAGGACCAACGACUUGAGGCGCUCACUGAUAUAACUGCCAUUGAGCACCAGUUUGCCCAAUUGCGCCAGAAACUGUACGAGAAUAAGCUCUUCAGGCUUGAACUGGAGUUGCAGAUGUGUAUGGAGGGGUCGCAUCCCGAGUUGCACGGCUUUUACGAGAAAAUCGCCUCCAUACGAGACUACAAGUUGCGCAGGGCGUACCAGCGGCAAAGGUACGAGCUGAAGUGUAUCGAUGCGGAGACGCGUGCGUCCCGGACCAUGAUACACCAGGACUUUUACAAGAAGUGCGGCGACUUGAAGCAGGAACUGCUCUCUGAAACAACACGCCAAUGGUACGACAUCAACAAGGAGCGCAGAGACAUGGACACCGUGGUGCCGGACGUGUCGUACCACGUGCCCGUGAAGAUAAGCGGCGCAACACUCGGUUGCAUCACCGGAUACGCUGCCCCAGCACAGCGCAGACUGCCCGGUGAACCGCUGCGCGAGGACAUUGCAGCGGAGAACGUCCAGUUCAGGUACCGGAACAACCCGGUCGACAAGCUCGAGGUCAUCGUGGACCGCAUGCGGCUCAACAACGAACUGAGCGACCUCGAAGGGUUGCGCAAGUUCUACGACUCCUUCCCGGGCGCCCCCAGCCUCUCUGCGCUGCGGGACUCCGAGAUCCAAGACGACAUGAAGGCUAUCCUGGAGAGACGAUGA